AUGGCACCUGCUACCCUCGUCGCCCUAGUUGCGUGGCUCUCCCUUUCACAGCGCGCGAGCAGCAACGUGAUAGUCCACCCAUCGCUCACAGACUUUUUCGUUGACAGCAUCGGGGACCACAUCUUUACCUCCUUCCAUAAUGUGAUUAGCAAAAGGAUAUCCUCGCCCAGCUGUUCCAGUUCGGCCGACACCACUUGCCACCUGGUCCAAGCCGGGGCCAUUGGCUGUCCAGCUGAACAAACCGGUCAGGAGGGAGAAGAUAAGCCAAUUAAGAAGAAGAAGAAAAAAAAAAAAAAAGUUACCUACCACGAACAGGACGACGAAAAAUAUACCUACCUACACACUACGCCGUUUUAUGCGAGCCCCACAGAGGACAUUUUUUCACCUGGUGUAGAAUGGCAAAAUGAAGAGCAUGGCAGGAGUGGAAGGGAAGCUGUGACGGAUAAAGAGGGAAGGAAUGUGUGGAUGAAGGGCUUGCACUUCCUGGUUGACCUAUUCACUUCCCUAACGAAGAGGAAGGAACAUCAAAUGAGCACAACGAAGAAGCUACCCCCAUCCCAUUUCAUAAAUUAUAACAGAACGAACAUAUUAGGAGAGGUCUGUGAAUUCAAGGAGGGUCCUACAACCAAAUACAAUUUUAAAGGCCUGUUCAUAGGUGAACACUUGAAUGACGCACAGAACUUAUCGUUUCUGUCUCCACUCUCUUUAGCCGUUGAAGAAAUUGACUUCAACAAAACCUUUAUGCAAGCAUGGGACGUGGAGUCCUCCUCGAGUUACGUCUUUUUGAAUAAUGGGGACAUGUGGAGGGGGGAGAAGAACAAAAAAAAGGAAGAUGAGGGAUCUCGUGGGGGCGAUGUCGCUGUGGGGAGGGAGAAUAACACCACCUACCUUUCAGGGGAAGCCACAACUGCUCAUUUGAAUAGAGCCGACGGCUGGGUCGGCAGCGUCAAUCCUAUGGUGGACCUCGCCCAGCGUCUGAAGGAAAACGCCCCCAUUAACAAGCACAGCACGGAGCGCAGCAAGGAGAACAGCACGAAGCGCACGACAGAUGGAGAGGCCCACGACCACACGUCCCCGCCGCAAACAAACGAAGCGCAAACAAACGAAGCGCACACAAACGAAGUGCAAAAAAAAAACGUCACACCAACCACCAUCAGCAACAUAUUCAAAACGCUACGGAUACCAUCUGAAACGAACAACUGUGAUGGGAUGGUAAAAAUUAAUAAGCAAAUGAACGUGGGGGUAUGUACAAGGCAAAGUAGGGCAGGGUCACUAUUCCCAUUACUACUAAAGAAGACACUAAUCAGUAGCUCCCCUUUUACAAAACGUUUUAAGAAAAAGGAGAAAAAUCACACUGACCACCAAUUCACUUGUGCAUUCUUCCGCUCCAUUAACCAUUGCGAGAUUGUCCUUUUUUUUAAAAAAAGUACAUCACCAGGUGGUGCUAUUAUGGGACGGGCAAGUCACAAGACAAAUUCGCAUGAACAAACACAGAGGGGAACCAACUUCAUCACCAAACAAGUUUUGAAACUCACAAGUAAUGCAUUAUACAAAAAAUGGGCAAAGGUAAACUACAAUAAAGAACCCGUCCAUAUGGUGUCUACGAACCCGUUAAAGAAUCUCACUGUUUAUAAAAAUUAUGAAUAUAAAAAAAAUUUGUUCAAACUGCAUGCAGGUUACAAUGGCAUAAGUACAAGUGUCAUGGUUGUGAGAAAUUAUAAAAAGAAGUUUCUUCUAAAUUUUAUUUUCCAUGUCGACGUAUGUUAUAAUGAGCUCUACGUGAAUAACGACAUUCAGCUCCGUUAUGUGAACUCGGGUGUAAAGCCCGCUCUGAUCUUGAAGGGCGCUUGGAGUUCGUGUGCGUUGGGGGCGCCACUCCAUUCUUACAAACACAGGGACGGGGUAGAGGCUCAACGUGUGGGAGGGGUAGAUGCAGAAGUAGACGGAGCAGUAGAUGCAGCAGCAGAUGGCGAAGUACAUGGCGAAGUACAUGGCGACGUAGCAGAUGCACCUCCUCAUGAAUCCCCCCAACCGGAAACGGGCACAGGGAAAAUCUACUGGUACAAACAAAUUUUCAACGACAAAGUAGAACCUGCGAAACGGUACAAGAGACUCAAAGCAUUGUAUUUGCAGAAUCCUCGUUUUGAGGAAAACAGAGAAAGGACAUACUGGAUGGACAAGCUUGUACGCGAGAGUGGGGACGUCCUCUUGUUGUCCCCGAAGGGAUCAGUGGAGUUCAAAACACCAGUCGUUGUUAGCGACCUGUACGUGCGUCUUCACCCGAACCCGCUAUACAGGUCCUCCUGUGGGGAAAGUGGAAAUUCACAAACGACCGCACUGGAUCAGCGUCUUACCGCUGGGACAGGAAAUGGGCCAAACAAUACACGCAGCAGUGGGCACGGUGCAUCCGUGCGGAAUGACCCUCCCCCCUUGGAGACAUGCACACAGGGGAAGCCAUACAACGUGCACGUCCUUUUUAACUUUUACCUUAACAAAAGCAAAAAGUACUCAUCCGCGGCGGAGGUCUACGUAGAUCCCCUAAACCCUGCAACCCAUCACCAACGUGACAACCGCCGACACACCCCUGGAUGCACGAACCCACUAAACGUGAUGACACUGCUCCAAGGAAACAUAAGUCAGUACAGAAUUAACAGAAUUGAAAUCGAGUACUCACUUAGUCCUCACCCACUUGUACAAAGAGACCCAUCCAUUCACCACACCAGGAUGCCCUUCCUCAUAUCACUGUGUAAUGUCACAUUGAACCAGAGUCAAAAGGUGUAUAAUUACGUGCCUACAUUUUUCGUGCCCAGGGGGGACUUCCUCCAGCUGCUCAGCCGAAUCGAGCCCAACGAGGGGGACUCGGCCAGCACCACCAGCACGGAGGACAACCCCAACAGGUUCGUCAACAGCACCUCCUUCUCCAUCUUCUCCUCGCUAAGCGAAUCCAUUUUCUGGGCGCACAUAAUUCAGUUCGCAUGUGGCGUUAGCCAAUGCCACUAUGAUGAAGCCACCGAACGAUUUCUUGUGACCACCUCGGGAGGACGACACGAGGGGAUGACCCAAGUCAGGCAAGAGGGGGGAGUUCCCUACAAACGGCCCUUCCAACCCAACGCGCACAUCACCCCAGCCGUCAGGGACGACAACACAGAGGAAGGAGAAGACAGCCAGCUGAGCCAAAUUCAGAAGGCGUAUUUAGACUUCCUGAAAAGGGGAAAACCAAGUGACGGAGUGAGCGACACGGAGCGUGCGACCCACAAUAACGGGCCUGAGCACACGACGCACAGUGACGAGACCAAUGAGCCCAGACCCCCCCAACUUCCCCCACAGCGCAAAGAACAAACAGUUGCUUACGACAUGACCAGCGUGCUCCACCUCGAGCACAAACAAAAAAAGUACCUCAUCCCCCCGUACCACAAGGGGAUAUACAUAUGUGUAGAAAGUGAUAGGAACCAAUUAGUAUACAACCCAAAGGACCUUAUAUUUUACAUAAAGAAAAGCGAAAAGGAGCAUGUAGGUGAUGACACUAGAGAUCCUUUACCUGCCUUGUGGAUCUACUCAGCCCUCCUACCAACAGAAUGUGACUUGCUUCAUUUUUCCUUCCUCACGAAAAAUAACUUCACCCUAAAGAUGAUUCAAACGAAUGACACAAAAUUUUAUUUUAAAAAUGUGAUACCCUUAACUCGCUACGAAGAUUACGCAGAUGUGGAUACACACCACAGCGAGCAGGUUGUACAAAUUAGUUUCAUAGAUUUGAAACAGAAUGGGUUCACAUCUGACUUCCUCGGCCUCACCAUUGAUAAUCAGCUGUACAGGGCCAAGGUCAUUGAGUUCCUCCAGAGUAAGUUUAGUACACUGGUGCAGUUCGCCUCGGAAGACAUGAGUAGCUGA